UUAUUAUUCUGGCUAGGAUAAUACUCAUAAUAGUCUCAAGUCACAUAUCACAUGUGGGUUAACUUAAUCACUUUAGAAAAAGUCUCUCUCUCUCUCUCUCUCUCUCUUUUUUUUUUUUUUUUUUUUUUUUUUUUUUUUUUUUUUUUAAGGUUGUUGACAAAUAGCAAAAGUCUAAAUUUAACCCUUGAGAUGGGUUGUUACUUUACAGUAAGGGCAUGUAUUGUUCACCUUAGAUUCACUUAUUUCAAGUUUAAUAAGUUCAGAUAAGUUAAGUUCAAAAAAAAUAUUUUUGAUAUACAUAAAUACGAAUUACUACUAACAUAAGUUUAGGAAAAUGGUUUCCAAUCAAUCUUAAACAAUCAGAACCCUAACGUAACAUAAAAGAAAAAUGUAACUCUUGAAAGAUCGUAAAUAUGAAAUAGAGGGAGUAUUGGUACCGAGGUGCAUGUUAAGUUAGAUAACCCGAGGAAUUGAAACUAAUGAUUAAGUUAGUUCCAAAUAACGUUAGUUCUGCGUGUAUAUAAAUCUCACAUUAUUGUGGACCAGGUCCACGCAAGAAUUUCUAAUUACUACAUAAAAAAAUAUAAUAAAUAUUAAUCCCCAAUCACCCCAACUUUCUACUUACUUCAUAAAAAAUUAUAAUAAAUAUAAUUUUUUUUGUCUAUCUUGCAUCUAAAUCACAUCCAAAUUCCAAAUUAUCAUAUUAUUAUGAUGAGAUACUAUACAUGCAUUGUUAUCGUCCUCAAUUAUUUGAAUUAUUAUAAUUCCAAACAUUUAUAUAUACAUUUAAUUUUAUGUUACAAUCACUAUAAAUUGCUAUAAAUCACGAAACCUUAAACAAAAAUCCAAAGAACAAAACUUUACUCAGACUUUAUCAACCUCGUACUAUUAAUAAUCCAUGGACCGCAAUCCUCCAACUUCAUCGGAUCCCUUCGAUUACGAUUUGAUAUCACUAGAUGAUGGGCUAAUGCAGCUUAUCAAUAAUGUUUUUCCACAAACCCCUCAAAAUCAUGAUGUUUCAGCUUUGUCAACUACUUCAACAGAGAAUCAAGCUCAGUAUUCUCAUGAUAAUCAAUUGAGUUUUAGUAACUCAUUUCAUGCUUCAACUCAACUACCUCAACAUAAUGUUGUGGAGUUCAACUUUGCCUCAGCCCCCGCCCCAGCCCCUACCCCAGCCCCGGCCCCGGCCCCGAAUAAGGAUGAGGCCGGGAAGAAGAAAGCGAAGGCCAUGGAAAUCGAGCGGAAGAGGAGGCAUGAUAUGUCCUCCCUCUACCAAGAACUUCGGUCGUUACUACCUCCUGGACUUAUUAAUAAGAAGAAACAGUCGAUUUCGGAUCUCUUGCAAGUGACAACAAACCAUAUAAGCAGCGUGGAGGAGGGAAUAAAAGCACUAAAUGAUAAAAGAGAUGAAUUAUUGAAAAUGACAUCAGGUGCUGGAAGUUCAAGCAGUAGUAGCACUUCAAAACAGCAGCAAAGUCAUCAUGUGACAGUAACACCUUGUAAAGAUGGACUAAUUGAAGUUAUUGUUAGUACAAGUGUAUUGGAUAACGACGAUCAUGAAAAUAACAGAGGUUUUCGCCUUUCGAAAAUGCUCCGUUUACUCGGUGCAGAAGGGCUAAAUGUGAUCAACUGUGUUUCAUCAAGAAUUGGCAGUAAUGUGGUUCACACCAUACACGCACAGGGUGAUGAUGGGAGAGGCAUUGAUCUAUGUCUAUUGCGGCAGACAUUGAUGGAUCACUCAUGAAUUAUUAUGAAUGAUAAAAUUAAUAAAAUCAUAUUCUCAUACUAUUUUGUACUAUAUUAUUAUAAUAUAUGAGUAUGUGGCUUUAUUUUCCUUGGCGUAAUUAUUUUCUUAAUCUAUUUUAAGAGGCAUCUUAGCCUAGUUUUUAAGUAGGACAAAGAGUUGGACGAAUUUUAUUGAGAGUAGGUACAAUAGUAUUUCCCCUGGCCUAUUAUUCCUUAAUUAAUGUACUUUUUAUUUGUUAUAAAGUGGGAUGUUUCUUAUAUAAAGUGGAUCAUGUAACCCACUAGAUUAGAUCAUUGAAGUAUAGAUAAGUAAUUAAGUAUCAAAUACUUCCUUUUUUUACAAAAAUACAGUUGUUUGGGAAGGCUAUGCCUCAACACUCACCAUUACAUGUAAAGUCUCUCAGCUCUAAUAUUGUCAAAUAUGAUGUUUCAUGGGUCAAAGCGCAUUGUUUCACUCAGCUCUCCUCAGAUGGAUAAGUUGGCCUAGCUGUUAUUGACCUGGUUCCGACACCAUGCAUGUUAAAUUCGGGCAGAUGCCACACCUUCACCAAGAGAAAAAGUCAUUUCACAAGUUCAAAGAGAUUCCAUUCCAAAAACAUAUGGCGAUAGGAUGGAGGAGUAGCCCCUUAACUUUAUAAAAUGUUUUGUUCUCCCAUCUUUUAUCAAUGUAAGACAUAUACAUGUAUUUUUGAGAAAGUUAUGCCAACAUAUAAACCUGUAUUUAACUUGAACUUUUGAG